UUUCAUGGGAUCGCCUAGAAGUUGACGAUGGCUGGCCAUUGGUCCGAGCCGACUCACCCAAAAGUUUCUAGCCAACUAGACGGCUUCCGUCUUAUGAGGCGAGCAUGGAUCCGUCUAUAAGUUCAUAACGCCCUAUUGCGUCUAUGGUAUCUAUUAUUUCGGGUACGUUCUCGUCCUCGCGUCUAGUGCGCCGCUCGAUACAGUCACAUGGGUCUGGCUGCGGUGAAGGACCCGAAGAUCCGUCAAGAGCGUCACACUCAGCCACAGUCACAGUUACUCCCUUGCACUCACCUACGCUCACCCCCGAACGCUCACUCGCACAGUCUGUCGCAGAGUCCGUCGCACACACGUUCGCACGCUCCGUCGCACACGCUUCCGUACGUUCACCCGAAUUCACACAGUAAGACAAGACAGCAGCACCGAGGGUGCUUCUCGAAUCUUUGUAGUAACAAACUCACUAUAGUCACAUGGUCUGCGAUUUUCUUCGCAGCGUUCGUUUUCCAUCUGCUCGGGCACACGAAACUCCAAGAACCGGGUAACCACAUUGCGAAGCUGUCAGAUGUGACUGUAGGCGACGAAAUUCAGGGGGGACGGGACGAGCAGGGCAGUGUGACUCUAACGGAAUCCGGGCUCAACAGCCCGCAAAACGAGGGUUACAUCAGCAACCUCGGCGGAGAUCGCCUUGCAAAUCCAACGGCCGAGAUUAAAACGAGAUGGCCACCAGCGGGUGUCCAGGAGAGUGGGGGAGACAGACAAACGGGGGGAUUGAGCACCGAAAGAAGGCAGGCGGAGGGAGAAUAUGGAGGGGAUCAAAUCGAGAAAUUGUCACCUGAACGGAGUCUAGAGGUGCGAGACGGAUCGGAGCGCGAGGGGAAUCAAGACGGCGAGGGGGGACAGGAGGGCGAGCGGAGCGAGGCGAACGCAGGGGAGGAAGGGAAAGAGGAGGGAGGAGGGGAGGAGGGAGAAGAAGAAAGAAAGGAGAGACUAGGGGAAGAUGGGGAGGAGGAUCGAGGAGACGGAGAAGGAAGAGAAGGGGUGGAAGGGUCAGAGAUUACUGUUGUGAAGGGAAGCGAUGAGAAGCUCGGGGAGAGUGAGGAUGAUGAAGAGAGGGAGGAACGAGAGAAGAGGGGUGGGGAGGAGAGUGAUAGUAAGAGAGAGGGAGAGGGGGGUGCGGCGCAGGAAGGAGGGGAUGUGGGGGAGGAGGGAGAGGAUGGGCCGGGCGAGAGAGAGUAUGAGGGAGUGGGUGAUGAUGAGAAGGAAGGGGAGGAGGUAGAGGAGGUAGACUGGGGAGGAGGGAAGAUGGUUGAGGGGGAGGAGAGGAAGGAGGCGAGGGAGGAACGGGAGGUGGAAGAGUGGGAUGUGGAGGAAGAGGGAGACGAAGAGGAGGAGGAGGAGGGUGGUGGUGAAGCGGAGGACGAGGAUUGGGAAAAGGGAAAAGAGGAUACGUUGAUAGAUGAUGACAGUGAUGGCGGUGAUGACAGUGAUGGCGGUGAUGGCGGUGAUGGCGGUGAUGGCGGUGAUGGCGGUGAUGGCGGUGAUGGCGGUGAUGGCGGGGGAGAGGAGGAGAGCGAGGGGUACACCGGGGAUGGCAUGGAGGAGGGCCUGGGGGAGGCUGGAUUUGGGGCGAGAAGCAGUGGUGUUGUGGCUGGGACAGGAUCCGAGGAGGAAACCGACGAGGAGGGAAUCAAUAAGGAGGGAAUCAAUAAGGAGGGAAUCAAUAAGGAGGGAAUCAAUAAGGAAGGAAUCAAUAAGGAGGGAAUCAAUAAGGAGGGAAUCAAUAAGGAGGGAAUCAAUAAGGAAGGAAUCAAUAAGGAGGGAAUCAAUAAGGAGGGAAUCAAUAAGGAAGGAAUCAAUAAGGAGGGAAUCAAUAAGGAAGGAAUCAAUAAGGAGGGAAUCGAUAAGGAGGCAAUCGAAGAGGGGGAAACCGAUGAGGAGCUGGAGGAUGGCCUGGAGGAAGACUUGGAGGAGGCGGGGUUUGGGGCGAAAGCUGGCGGCAGUCGCAGCAUGGGUGAUCUGAGCAGUCUUGUUGACUUGAAAGGAGUGGCUGGAGGAGGGGAGGAGACGGGAGGGGAGGACAGGGAGGAGGAAAGGGAGGCGGAAAGGGAGGAACAAAGGGAGGCAAGGGAAGAGGAAAGGGAGGAUAGGGGUUCAGCUGAUUCGGUCAAGCUGUCGAUCCGAGGCGAGGCAGCCAAUCAGAAGUUAGGUCUGGGAAAGCUACAGGGGAGAGCAAAGGCCAAGUCAAAGACGAAGUCAAGAAGCAAAAAGCAGAAGAGGCACCACUCCUCAUCCAGAUCCAAAGCACGUCCCAAGGCACUUGGGCCCAACGCAACAGAGGUACCAUUCGACCCUCCCGAGCCCCGGUGGGCGCCCAGCAAGGCGUGCGCUGACGUGGCGGAGAUGGGCGAGAUGACAGCUGGCAGCACCGACCAGGCGAGCCUGAGGCUGCGGCGAAUGAUCGAGCAACACCUGGCAGUGCACGGUGCCUCUGCUGUGCGAGCGCUGCCCUCGCACGAGUUCUGCCAGAGGGGUUUCGUGCUGGGAUACGGCAAGCACGAGGGACUGGGCAACAAUCUGUAUAAGAUCCUCACAGGCCCGGCUCUUGCACUCAUGCUCAACCGCUCCAUUAUCGUGGGCGAGAACUAUGGCACGCGCCCAGUGCUAGAGAACAACAAGACUGUGGGGCAGCGCCUGUGGAAAGAGUACCUGGCGUUCUCUCCCGAGGUGUUCUCCAUGCUGGACCUGCGGCUGCUGUGGCAGCAGCAUCGCUGUGAGGAGGAGCACGGGCGCCCGCUGGUGCUGCGGACUGACUCGUUUGCCAACCGGGCGAGAUCACGCACGCUAUGUGAUGAUUGGCUGGUGUGGACGGAGCCCAUUGUCUGUCUUGACGACGCGCUGGACUCAGUGCCCAUCCAGACGUUUCUGAAGAACGUCCACCCGUCCAUGCGGGAGAGGGCGCAGGCCAUCAUGGGCGUGCCCUGGGAUCCCCAUUCCCGCCCUAACCUCUUUGGGGAGAUUGCCCGAGUGCUGCUGCUGCCCACGCCAGCAGUGAGGGAUGCUGUGCAGUGGGCGCUGGGGUCGGGGGGGAGAGAUGCCGACGUGGUCAUACACUUUCGGCAUGGGGGGCUCGAGAGUGUUGCUUCUGCGGCUGCUCUGUGCCUAAGACAGGCGCUGGAGCACAUUAAUAGGGUGAAGAAGCAGGUCCAGGAGCACAAGGAACAAGCCGGCAUGCUUGAAAGAAUGCAAACGCGCACACCGCUACCAGCAACGGCAGCAGCAACACCAGGCACUGAUCCACCUGCAAGCCUAGAUGCGGGCGCAAAGGUGGCAGUGACAACAGCAACAGCAGUGGCUGUAGCACGAGCAGCAUCAGAUGAGGCAGCAGCAGCAGCAGCAGCUGAAGCAGCAGCCGGAGCAGGAGAGAGUAGACAAGCAGGCGUUGCAGCGGGCAGUGUGAGAGGCGGCUUGUUAGCCUGGGGGCAGGGGAGCAUACGGUGGGGCAGGGGCAGGAGAUUGCUAGAGGCAGGAGGUCUUAGUGAUAAUGAUGGCGGUAGUGGAGGCAUGAGGGGGGUGGAUUCAAUAAGGACUAUUACAGGGGAGGAGGAUGGGGAGGAGGAGGCUCUUGAGUCGACUCAAGAGCGCCUAGGGGCUACGAGGAAUGGUGUUGAAGCAGAAGGGGGGGAUGUUUUUGGCAGGAGGGAGGAAAGGUUAGAGGAAGAAGCGUCCACUGUACACGAGAGGGAGAAUCGAGAGAGUGUGAAGCGUGAUCGGCUGGUGACGCUGGUGACGAAAAAUAAAGGGAAACAGCGGAAGGGCAAGGGGAAAAAAUCGGUGAAGAAGAGCAAGAAGAAGUCAAAGAAAGGGAGAAAGAAGGGCAAGGGGAGCAAGGGGCGGAAGACGAAGCAAGCGAAGGCAGCAGGAGGUGGCAAAAGGGAGGAGAGGGGGGAGGGGAAGACGAAAGGAGGGAACGGUACAAGAAUGAGUGACAAGGACAAGCUGCGGGUGGUGGUGGUGGCCGAUCAUCCCAGUGUGUUCCGCAAGAUAGGAGCGCUCACCUCCGACUUUGCCAAGAUCAUUCGUUUUGACCACGCUACAUUCGUGCGCCGGCACCCAGAGAGCCCCCUCGCCUCUGCAAAGAACAAAUCGCUCCCGUCCUUCCGAGUGCGUGACUGGGGUCCACUACCCCGCUGGGUGGCACUGGUUGACUUCUUCCUCGCCGCCCGGGCCAAGUACGCCUUAAUCUCUGCGGGGCGAUCAAGAGUCUUCACCACCUUCUCACAGCUCGCUGCAUCACUGGCUGCAGCUAGGAGUCUAGAGGACACCCCGGAUCCCCCCUCUUCUCGCUUCCUCUUACUCAGCGCUUUCCACGCCCACCUGCUUCAAGACGGGCUCACCCACCAGGGUGGCAGGGGCCACGCCUGGCACACCUUCUCCGGCCGCCUCUCCUGCCCCUCCCAGCCCCCCCAGUGCGCCCUCUCCCCCGCGCUGCCAUAUGCCUGGUGGGACGCGCCCUGGCAGUCGAUUGGGAGAGGGGAGGGGGGGAAGCUGAGGAGAAUAGGGUUGCAGGUGGGGGAGCGGGGGGAGGUGGCGGAGGAGGAUGUGGAGCGGUUUUGCGAGAGGAGGAGAGUGGAGGCAGUGCGAGUGAAGCUGGAAGUGGGCUUUAAGGGGGGUGCAGAGAAGGGGAAGGAGGAGAAGGGGAAGAAGGGGAAGAAGGGGAAGAAAGGGGGGAGGGCGCCGAAUACUUAAUGGAGGUUGAGGGUGGGAGAGGAAAUCCUGACCCUCCCACUUGCCCAGGCCCCCCAGUGCGCCCUCUCCCUCGCAGGUGGGGAAGGAGGUUGCGGAGCGGUUUUGUGAUGAGGAGGAGAGUGGAGGCAGUGCAAGUGAAGCUGGAAGUGGGGUUUAAGGGGGAUGGAGGAAAAAGGGGGACGGACAGGGUGGAGAGGGGAAGGAGAGGCAGGGGAGUGGGGGGCAUGAAAAGAUCGGCCCAUCUGAUGGGCAGCUGCUGACAAAAGUAAAAGAGUUGUAAUGUACAUGGUUUGAGGACUGUUUCUUUCGGGAAACACUGUCCGAAAUAGAGAUGUGUUUUCAUCAUUUCAAGUUGUCAUCAAGUACGGUAGUGUCAACUUAUACAUAUUAUCUAUGUAGAAGUUAUAGGCUAGACUGAGGUAUGCUU